AACCAAGCAUUAGUUAUCUAGAUUCAUGUAGACAUAAUAACGAAUAAGUUUACGUACAUAAUUCUAUUCUCAAUUUUAACUUAAAUUAUUAUUGUACUGUAUUAUUACAUGUACCUACAGCUUGCGAAAUGAAACUUCCAACAACUAUAAGUAAAAAUACUUAUCUUUCGUAUAAAAGUACUGGAGAAAUUGAGAGGGACAGAAAUUUGAAAGCUGAAAAUUUCGAAUGGAAUUCAAACCACCCAAAAUCUCUUGUGAAUAUAUGUAUAGAGAAGUUGAGUGAUAAUUGGAUAGGACUACCAAAAUUAGAAGAUUUGAUAGCAAAGGACCGAGAAUUUUUUUUACAAAUUUUAAGCACAGAUGUUCCUCUACAAAUUUUAGCUGAUAAUAUUAAGAGCGACAUAUUUUGGAAAAGAUGUUAUUAUGCAAAGUGGUCCCAUUAUCCUGCUGAUAGUGAACUAAAACCAUGGAUUAAUAUUUUCAUGGAACAGCAUUAUGCAGAUUUUUUGGAAAAUAUGAAUCCACGGCAUUAUGACCCUGAAAAGGUCAAAAACUUGGUCAAAUUGUGUGGACCCUUUAUACAAUCUUUAUCGAUACGAAGUUUGACACCAGUUGAUCUACCAGAUCAAAGGAAUACUUCACCAGAAAUGGUUGGUAUAAUAUCAGGCCAACGACAAGCAAAUAAGCUUCAGAUUAAAAACAGUGAAAUCAUGACAAGAGAUCAUGUGUCGUUACAUGCAGCGUUGGGUAGUCUGACAAAUUUAACUGAACUACACAUAACUUUUCAACAACGUUUUGUUGGUGUAGAAUAUCGUAGAGAUCAAUUUCAAUUUACUAAUAAUGAUGCAAAAAAUUUGGCACGUGGCUUGGAGAACUGUGCUCUGCUAAAAUCACUUAGGAUCACUCGAAGUGAUAUGAAUUGUCAAAGAGUGAAAUACAUACUUCGGGGAUUGACCAAUAACUUUAACCUUGAAACUUUAGACUUCAGCCACUGUAAAAUUGGAGAUGAUGGCGCCGUAAUUAUAUCGAAAUUUAUAACCAAGCGAGACAAACUUCGAAGUCUUAUAUUGGCUGAUAACGUUUUUGGUUCCCUUGGAUUAGAAAAUAUAUCUUCAGUUCUGAAUAAUGCGAGUUGUGGGAUACGCACCUUAGAUUUAAGACUGAACAACAGACUUGGCUCAGAAGGAAUUGCUCAUCUUGCAGUGGCUAUAGCUCGAGGAUGUAAUUUGACAUCGUUGAACAUAUCCGGAUGUGGAAUUAAGCCAGGACCGCUGCAAAAACCUCCAGCUGGCGUGUGGUCAGCUAUGAAUGCUGAAAAUCCACCAACAUGUGGUGAUCUUCUUGCAAGGGCUAUAGGUUUAGUAAAAACUCCAUUAAGAACACUAGAUAUCAGCGUCAACGAUAUUGGAUCGCCAAGUGAUAACAUUUUGUCAAAUGCAAUAUGUCUAAGCUACUUAGUUGAUAUUAAUUUGAAACGGUCUGGAAUGGGAUCAAUGGCUAUGGCAAUUGCCGAGUCUGCUGCAGCUGCCCAAAGGUUAAGAAGGGAAGCUGAAAAAGGGAUACGAUUUAGACGAAGCGCUGGAAGGGUAGUUCAAGCUCAUAGAGUCGUCAAAGGAAUGAAUAUUGAUGCAGAUCCUCUACUGCUAGCUCAACAGUUGUCAGCUCGACCUUCGAUCGUAUCAGUUGCUUCGGAGGAAGGAUACUUUAGCGUUCAGACUCAACCUCUUCCUGCAGAUUUUGGAUUUGUUCCUGCUCUGAAGAGUCCCUUGCCGUCUUCACGAACUUCCUCAAUCACGGGUCCUCCAACAUCAAGAAGGUCUAGUCAUCACAUUAUUCUGGAACCUGUUCAGGAAGUGCUUCGUGCAACUUUAGUUCGCCGCAGAUCUGAUGGGUCACUUGUUCAACCACGAACUGACAAUACUGAACGUCAUAUCAAAAUAUACGUUUCGAAUGAAAAUUGACAGUAUAAUCUUAAAUAUGAAUUAAAAAC